UAAAACAAGUUCAUAAAAAUAUGGUAAAUCUGUUCUCUUUAUCUUUUAUUACACAAGUAAAAAAGUAUCAAAGAAACAAACAAAAUGCCCAGUUUGGCAAUGAAAAAAAAAUCUCAGCAAUAAAUGCAUGGUGCUGACAAUAUUUCAUGACUAUUUACUUUCAACUGUACAUGAAGAGUACCCAAAGAAAUUGUAAAGAUUAUUAAAUGUAAGUUAGGUAACUGACAAUAAAUUGAAAACUGUUCUCUAUAAUAAAAAAAUUGUGGUGCUGUAAGUUAAAAUAAAAAUAUUCAUAUUUCAAUUCUGAAAGUUAAAUAUGGAAACAAAAUGAAAUUUUUAUGCACAUCUGUUAACAAAUUAGUUUCAUAUACAUCUAAAUAUACAUAAUUGAAGACCAAUGUAUUUGAAAUUAUAAGAUUUUUCAUAUGUUACCAAAAUUUUGAGAAGGAAACAUGUAGACCCUAUAUUGUAUAUUUCAAUGGUUUUGACAAAUUGAAAUUUAUUUUCAAAAAUAUAUUUCAAUUCAAAAUAAUUAGGAAUAUAUUAAAUAUUUUAAAGUAAAGCUAAGCUAUGAAAAAUAAGUACAUCAUAACAUGUAUUAUAAAAACUUAUAUUUAGCAGUGCUGUCCCUGUGAAAACAGAGGAAAAUGUAAGAGCUGUCCAUGCAAGAGAAGAGGUUGCACCAAUUGCCGGAAUCCGUGCUGUCAAUUCAAAGAGAACACAAAUACCCAGGAAGUAAGUCUAAUGGAUUGUUAUCCUACACAAAGGAAUGGUGGCUAUCUGUUAAUGUUAUGAUGUUCACCGUUCCUCUAUGAUAAGGUCCUCCUAAAUCAGAAUUGGUAUACAUGUAUUUUGAAAAUAUCACAAUAACUGUUUCUGUUGUAGUCUGCUCGUUACCAUCCUUAUGCAAGCCAAAGCGCACGUAAUGUCAGCAGAGGGCACCUUCCUAGCAGGAAUCAUUUGCUGGAGGCAGCAGCAAGUCCUGAAAACAGAGAGGACACACAGCUGGUUUCAACAUUGCAAGAUAUUGUAACCCAAAUGGAUGAGCAUGAUAUGCGCCAAGUUUUGAAAAGAGCUGUUGAGACAGAACCAGAUCUCAUGAGCUCGUUCAUCCAAGGUCCAAUACAGUAUGAAAACUCCAGUUCAGAAAUUGCAUGGUGUUUGUGUGGAGGAUGCAGAGUAUUUGAGGAUCCUCGCAUGAACCUAUGCUGUUGUCAAUCUCCAUGCAUUACCACAAAACCAGAAUUUAGAAAUCUGUGUUUGCGGCAUGAUGUGGUGGAGAUUGCCAACAUUCUGAACUGGAGUUUUCAAACUAAUCUUGAACCUUCGUUUGCCUCAUCUACCUUCCGGAACCAGGCUUAUCGAAAUUUUGUUUUGUGGCAGCAUGGUCCCCUUGGAGCAGGAAGGAGAGUUGUAGUGCCAUCUUGUGUGACUGUGGCAGUGAGGAGGAGGUUCCCUCAGCUAGAUGGAGCAUACAGAGGCUAUCAUUCAGCCUAUUCAGACUCUGAAUAA